AUGAGCGUCGAAGACCGGAGCAGAAUCCGGAGCUGGUUGUCCCAAGCGGACGGUGCCGAGACGGUUAUUCCACACGCGGACAACCAUCCCUCCGCAAAGUUCAUAUUCGAUGGUAUCCCAAUAGCAAAACAGGCUGUCGGCGCGGGCCACGCCCUCCAGGGAAGUCAACAAGCAGCACAUCGGCAACAAGAUCCUCUUGACUCUGGACGCUUGGAGCAAUCAAACUCAGGCACUCGACCUACGACCAGAGCAACUGAGUCUCACCAGUCAAGAAAAGAGAAGAACGGGUAUGAGCGCAUUCCAAGGUCGAAAACCAAGCAGGACCGAUACGAAUACAAGGGCAAGAGCUCGCGAGUGAAGGGCGAGAGUGCGACAACACGGAGGAAGGCUCAGUCAAAACAGAGAAGGCGACAUAAUAUUAAUGAAAAUUUUCAUGCUUCGAACGUACCAACGAAUCGCUUGACGCUCCAUCCUGUCCCAAACCUGGGUAUCUUCAAUAAAGGCAAAAGGUCGUCGCCUGUCAAGACCCGUGUGCUUGAUCAAGGCUUCUCCGAAUCAGAUUUCUUCAAUAAAUCAUCGGUAAAUGAGCCGAAUGACCAGACCUUGCAGCAAACAAACCGACUGAGCAUGUUCGACUAUGAUACUAGGAUUGAAGAUCCCCGACAAUUGAACCUUGAGCCACGAGCCGAAUUGCUGGGACCAAGAAUAGAAGAGAGUCCUCGAGUACGACUAAACAGCCCGGACAUGGGUGUAACGCACGGUGAUACUGCUACAUACGACGAGCCCGAGCCUGGAAAUCCAGCGAUAAUUGAUGCAGCACCUGGGCCUUUCAGCCAGCUUGGGAAUCAAUCCUUCGAAUGCGAAAAACAAGACAUACUCCACGAGAAGACUACAGUUACCAGCUGCAUGGAUGACUCCAGAGUUGUAGAGGCACUAGAGAAGUACCUCUGCUCUGCGAACACUCGUGCUGCAGAGGAUUCGGGUAAAAGGUAUUGGUCUCUGGAAGAUCUCAAACAUUUGAUGCAACAGAGAAUCUCCCGAUGGUUGCCAGAACUUAAGGACAGCACAUCAGCACGUAUAUCCAGGCCAGAACAGAUCUCACUCAAGCGCAAACAUAAUUCAUCCGAAAAUGGAACUGGAAUUCUUGCCGAAUUGCGCAAAAAAAGAGAAAAGGUGCUAGAACCUGCUCAGAAGUUGGACGGGAACCCUGCUGGCAGAAGUACGGGUUCUCAAGUUACACUCUUGGGUCCUUGUUCGGUCUUUGACCAGCCCAUCAGCGUUCCAGCAGCUGAGGGGUUUCUUGAACACAGGCACAUGAAUCACGCCUCAGAGGGGAGGUACUUUCAGCCUCAGCGCCCUUGCCGAGACAUAAGACCGAGCAUGACCCACAACGAUGGUACAUCGCUCAUCUCUGAAGCCUUUGAUAACGCGUAUGAGGCAAUCAUGCGGUCAGAAACGGACGUUCCAUAUCGAUUGCCUGACCUGCCGGCUAUAGGAGAUACUAUUAUUGGUCGUCAUGAAGACAGUUUGGCCGCCCCAGUGUUGCAGACCCCUUGGAUGUGGGAAGCACAACGUGAAGAGGAAUUGAACCCUUUCCAGUUUCGACAGGGAUUCCCUCACUCAGAUAGAAGAGUGCCGGGCUCAGUUCCCCAGAUGACGCAGGCUCGACAAAUCAUCGAUCUGCCCCUUUAUUUCAGUGACUCGCGUGCUAGUCAAGGGCCAAAGCUUUCCAUAGAACUGGAGCCAGCCUCCGAACCAGGGCAAGCUCUUGGACGGGAGAGAUUGGAAGUGAACCAUCACGAUUUUGACAGUGGCCCUCUGAAAGACUUUUGGCUGAGCAGCAAGUUAUACUAAGACAGCGUUGCUGCGCUCAAGCAACAUGCAGUAUAAAUGUAUUCU